AGACAUAGAUAGUGUCAAUGUGUUUCUGAUGUCUCUCCGUCAGCACUGUGAACUCUGUGUGCCACUGCAUUGCCACAAUGUGCUACAUCCAAGUAAUUCACAAGACUCCACUUGCGAGAGCGAGUGAAUGCGCGUUGUAAUUAAGCAGUCGAUCUACAACCACUUACUUAAUUCGGGAACAAACAACAAUGAACACCAGGAUGGUUGAAUUCUUGGUCCAUCGCCGUCCCCAGUUCUUGUCACGUCGGCUCUUCUGCCGCGUACGACUGCUCUGCUGCGUGCUACUCUUGCGUGGCUUCAAUGGUGUCGUUGCACUUGCUUCUCGUGACACUAGAAAAAGCAAGCGACGUCUGCGAAUCAAUCUGAAAGAAGUUGCUGCACCGGAUGAGAAAUCGAAGGGUCUAAGCAAGCGAAUAUCUCGACCAUCGCCGAUUCCACGCCUACUCCUUUACACCUCUGGGAAAGACAGCAAGGAAGGAACGAUGUUCCGCGCUGAGAACGCUCGCUUUAUCUCCGAACAUUGGAAACCAGUUUUUCUACAUGACGAAGCAUGCCUGAAAAAUUUCCAUGAAGCUGGUGAAAUUCGACUCAGGGAUCGAGAUCAUGGAUAUGGACAAGGGUUGAAGACUACUGAUUAAAUGCUUCUCAAGUACUCACGUUCUUGCUGUCACUUUUGCUCUCCUCUCGUCAAUCAUAACACCUACUAGAACCGACUAGAAAGAGCUAGAGGUAUUUACAUUUCUCCCCUCUUCGCCUCCUUCUCCCGAGGCGACUUCAAUGCACGAGACAUCCCCUUUCGAGGGGCUGACUUCGAGAAAAUAUUCCGCUCCUUCGACUUCGGCGCGCACCGAGCAGACCUGUGUCGUUACCAUUACGCGUACCUAAAUGGUGGAGUGAUUAUGGGUAAAAGCCGAAAAUCUACUCAUCCUCACGAUAUUAAUAAAAGUAUCUACACCUCCUUCCUCUGAAGAUAUCUUCAGAAACAGUAAUGGCUUGAAGCGAGGAUGCAACUACUUUUCCUCACACGAAUGAUCUACUCAUCCUCACACGUAUUUACUUGAACCGAACAUCUACUCAUCCUCACACGAUAUUCAAGGUAUCUACAACACGUUCUAACUUCCUGCUUGACUCCGACUUACUUCUCGCAGAACCUCUCGACGACAUUGUGGAUGCUGCUGUGCCAUUUGGUGGAAAUAGUUCUCCAGCAUCACACGUUUCCACCUCUCCACCGACCUACGUCGCCGUCCGCACUCUACAUGUUGCACACGAUGAUGCUACUAAACAUUCUUCGCACAUGAUAUUGGGCGUCACCCCGCGAAAUCCGAUCAUGCACGAGGCCUUGCUGGAUAUCAUGCGUUUUCUAAGGCUAGUCAGUCACGACCAGUAUCUGGUGCGAGGUAUCUUGAGUGGGACGAUCCCCUUGAUUUCAAGAGGAAACUAAGGGGGAAACAGAAACUCAAGGAACCACUUAGCCACGGAUAGUGAUUGCCUCGCUUUAAGUUUUAGAUCCGAGUGGAUCUGGGGGCCUUUUAUCCAUCAUGAUCCUCAUGAACAAUUUCAUCUGCGAUACUUGCUAACACAGUUUGGAGCGCACACCGUUCGUUUGCGAAAAGAUGCGAUGUCGUUAGGUGGGGUCGCUGACGGUGGCUCGGAACGACAUUUUGACCUUGCAUCUGCUCCAGCAAAAGACACCCAAAGCGGUUUCACCCUCUCUUUCCAACCGGACAAUUACCGACCCCACGACCGUCUGAAAUAUCGCUUCGAACAGCAACCCACAGUUCUGGACCGCUAUCGCAAAUCCCUAGCACUCAAAGUUUGGGAUGCUGAAAAAGGGAAGAUGAAAGAAAACUUCUGCGGAUUGGAGCACUUGAUGCAGCAAACUAGGCUACUUUUGAGGCUGGCUGAGUAUCUUUGGUACGAAUGCAGUCCUCGGAGCAAUUCGUUCUAUAUGACUGCAACUUACACUCCUUCUGAAGUGCAACGUGAACAAGACCGACUAGCCAACGGUUUCUUGCCUCCUACCACACUUUCCUACGAGCAUGCCCUUCACACGAUAAGGGAUUGCGUUGACGCGAGAAGAGACGACAUCGCAGAUUUGAUACUCUACAGUGAGAGCGAGGAUUCCGCGACUACAAAUGGCGUUACCAGUACAGAUGAAGCCUCUACAACUAGUAAAACUCCUGCUAUGAUCGAGGGCAAAAAGUAUCGUGGUUGGACCGCCGCAUUUGUAGAUGAAGUUUUUGAAAAGCAGACCAUGGAUUCGCCAGUAUUUGUGGUUGCCCAACUUAUCCUGUUUGACGCGUUGGCGAAGUUACAGUUAUGGUCGGUGGAUCAUAAUAGAAGUUCUUCAUUUUCUGCUAUGGCUGUUUUAAGUGGAUAUGGAGUACAAGUGAUUAGAGGCUCUGAACAAUGAUGUUAACCUUAACCUGACGGCACACAUCUAAUUUCUGUCCCUCCUGACGACGCAACUACAGAAUCGCCUACGCAAGUCGAGCACAAGCAGGAAGAAUUACCUCAUCAGGCAACGGUUGCUGUUGACGUAGAUGUCGCGGAUAAGAGGGGAAAGAGGAGGACCAGCGGAAGCAAACGUUAUCCACGGCGUGGCCGCUGGUUGAUGCCACAGCACUACCAAAAUUUUAAUGCCAAACUUUGGCAACUAAUUCAUCAACAAAAUACCUCGCAACCGAUUUCUUACCUCCACGAAUACGUCCAAGAUGCGGUCGACAAAGCAACGCUGUUGACGGCUCCCGCGAGGCCGUUUGUCUUCGAAUUGGAUGGGAUUGAGGAAGAGGAGGGGCAUGAUGUGGAUGUAGAAGGAGGAAGAGGACGUGCAGAUAUAGAUGAGUCAAGAAGCGAUCUCGAGGUCCGUUUCGUCUUUAACCAGACAGCGGAUAAUUCGAUUAACUCAAAUGCAAACGCAUCAUCUACUGCUGUGAUUCUCUUCGAAAACGUAACGUUUUCCAUACCAGAUGAGCCAGUUGCUGAAGAGGAUGUUGCUGAAAAAGACCCAUCUGUCACGCCACUUUCCUUACCACCACCCAAGCUUAUCCAAAGUCAAGAUUGGCAAAAAGCAGUAACUCUACGUGAGUUUCUCCUCGAUAGAGAACCGGCAAAAACACAACUUCGAAGGGUAAUUGAAGAUGCUUUGCAACACACGACUCGUAGUUUUGGAGGACCUAAAAAUAUGAGUAGGACUCAUAACAACGAGAACGAACUAACCACUGAUAUCACGACCAGCAGCAUUCCAAGAAGAAGACCCACCACCACAACACUAAAAUUUGAUCGCGUUGUCGCAUCUCAUCACCACAAAUUUCAUUGCCCCGCUUUCUUCCAUGACGACGAGAAGAUUCCAGCGUUGAAUUAUCCAACUAAUCCCACGUUUGCUGCGAUUCAAUUGUUUCAAAAAAAUCCGAGACAAUACGGGCUGGACUGCUAUUCGGAGCAAACUACUACCAUCCAAAAAGAACACGGGGAAAAGGAUGAUUAUACGACUGAUGCUGAUGGGACGACUAGUGCAUCAUCAUCAAGUAUGCAUGAUACACAUCAACAGAGUGAAAUAAAUCUGAUGAGAAAUAUCCAAAAUACUAACCUCCAUAACUACUACGCAACUCGGAAGAGCACAGGACCUAUGUUCUUCCCUGGGAAGGAACACUUUCUGCGGGAAGCUCAGGGAGCACAAGGAGAUGCCAAGUUGGCAGGGUCUGAAAGUAGUAAUAUUCUUGCACAUUUCGAGAACAUCGAUGAAAAGCCUCCCUCUGUGAUAACGAAACGGAAAGAAUUGUGCACUAGGUUUCAUUUGGACACAGGCAUCCUCAACAGUCCCCUAUAUGUUGCAGCGCUAGCAACAGAUCAAAUGGAAUUUAAGUGAGAUGAUCAAGACAACGCUUAUGAAAAUACACCAUCCACUGCUCAUCCUUGGGCUUGGUUGUUGUAUUUUUGCCUGGGCCUGGCAGUGUCUUUGUAUAUUAGUUUGCAGUACUACGAAAAAAAAUCAUUAUCAACAUUGUUCAAGACCUCCCCCGGUCGUGACCUAAAUAAAAUCUUUCUAU